AUGCUGCAUACACGAUAUUUCAGCACGGCACCAUCCAGCUCAGAAGGUAAUGAAGACGCACAAUCGGGUACAUAUAGUGAAGCCGAUCAUGAGCACGCCGUUAUAUCAACAUUUGAUCUCUUCUCGAUCGGCAUUGGUCCUUCAUCAUCCCAUACAGUUGGACCGAUGCGCGCUGGAGGUAUCUUUGUUGCUGAUCUAGCCGAAGCCGACUUGCUUAACAAAGUGCAUAAAAUACGCAUCUCGAUAUAUGGCAGUCUUGCGCUCACGGGCGAGGGCCAUAUGACACCAUCUGCGCUACUGCUGGGCCUUGAGAGUGCUGACGUAGAGACUGUUGACACAGCCUAUGUACCUACUCGCUUUGCGCAGAUCAAAGAAGGCAAGAAAUUAUUCUUGGGUCGUGGCCUAGCAGAGGGUAAAGGUAAAGAAAUCGACUUCGAUUACGAGCGCGAUUUCAAAUGGGAAUGGGGAAAGAAAUUACCCCUGCAUAGCAACGGAAUGCGCUUUAUGGUAUUCGAUGAUCAAGGAAUGCUUCUGGCAACCAACGACUUCUUUAGCGUUGGCGGGGGUUUCGUCGUCAACGGUGCACUUUCGACAGCGUCCACUGCUGCGGCGGCAAGUGAAGUUGCGGAUCAGGCUUCGGCUGAUACCAAAGACCUUCAGGCGGAAAGUACUAGCGGGCACCCGGCUGACUUGGCGGAGAAUUUAUUUUAUAAAGAGAUUAGACGAGCAGAUGCGGCGGGAGACCGCAGAACCGGCUCCGAGAUCAAAAUACUCGAUGGUGAUUCUGCUGACGAGUCGAAGGCCGUUACUAGCCCGGAGGCGGCCCCUGCAAGCUCUCCCAUCUCAUCUACAGCAUCAGAAUCUGAAGCCGUUGGGACUGAGCCCACCUCGCAACAACCUCGCUAUCCAUUUCGUGACGCUAGGAGUCUCCUGGCACUGUGCAAUAAGCAUAACCUUACUAUUGCACAAUUAGUAUACGAGAAUGAGAAGAGUCAUGGGUACACGGACGACGAAAUCUAUAGGAAGAUUAUGAGCAUCUGGGAAGUCAUGGAUAAUAGUAUACUAGAAGGGGUUCAAGCACCCACCGAUGCCACACUGCCGGGCUCGCUCAAGUUACAUAGACGGGCGCCGGGAUUAUAUAAACGACUGACAAGGGGCCUCUAUCCUUCUCAUACUCAAACUCCUAGCACAGCCGACGAGCCGACCCGGUUGUCUUCCCCAAAUAGCGACAAUAGCAAGUUAUCAUCCAUAGCUGCGAGUAUAUCCGUGCCCCCGAAGCCAAAAACGCUGGCAAUAGGAAGCAUUACCAAAAAAGGCCCUAAGCGCAUGGUGGGUUCCGUCUAUCAUCCGGUCAUGCCGUCGCCCCCACGUCGUACGACAUUUCCUGCCAUGGACUAUUUAACCGUCUACGCAAUUGCGGUCAACGAGACUAAUGCAGCUGGGGGCCGGAUCGUGACAGCACCCACUAACGGUGCUGCGGGUAUUAUCCCGGCCGUGCUCAAAUACACGGUCGAGUUCGUUAGCGAUGAUCCAGAGCGCGACGUCCUCACCUUCCUCCUAACAGCAGCGGCAAUUGGCAUGCUGUAUAAGCGUGGUGCUACUAUCUCGGCGGCCGAGGGAGGCUGCAUGGCUGAGGUCGGCGUGGCCUGCUCGAUGGCAGCUGGGGCCUUCGCGGCUUGUAUGGGUGCUAGCCCCGAGACGAUCGAACAAGCAGCUGAGAUCGGUAUCGAGCAUAACCUUGGCUUGACAUGCGAUCCCAUCGGCGGGUUAGUUCAAGCUCCGUGCAUCGAGCGCAAUGCUCUGGGCGCUAUCAAAGCCAUCUCAAGCGCGAACCUAGCCCUCAGCAGCGAAGCCAGCGCGUCAAAGGUCAGGCUCGACGAUGCUAUCCGUGCUAUGCGUGUCACUGCUCAGGGGAUGCGGAACGAGUUCAAAGAGACAAGUCUCAGCGGAUUAGCUACAAGUGUACCGCUUAACAUCCCCGUCAGUGUACCCGACUGCUGA